CACGCCUUCUCCAUUCCGCCUCCACCCCCAACAUCAAACCCUAGUAGCGCCGCCGCCGCGGGGUAAGUCGCAGGUGUAGGCGAGAUGGUGUCCGGCUCCGGCGUGUGCGCGCGGCGCGUGGUGGUGGACGCGCGCCACCACAUGCUCGGCCGUCUGGCGUCGAUCGUCGCCAAGGAGCUCCUCAACGGGCAGCGCGUUGUGGUGGUCCGCUGCGAGGAGAUCUGCAUGUCCGGCGGGCUGGUCCGCCAGAAGAUGAAGUACCUCCGCUUCCUCCGCAAGAGGAUGAACACCAAGCCUUCCCACGGCCCCAUCCACUUCCGCGCCCCAGCCAAGAUCCUCUGGCGCACUAUCCGCGGGAUGAUUCCGCACAAGACCAAGAGGGGAGAGGCUGCGUUGGCCAGGCUCAAGGCGUAUGAGGGCGUCCCGCCGCCGUACGACAGGACCAAGCGCAUGGUCAUCCCAGACGCGCUCAAGGUUUUGAGGCUGCAGGCUGGUCACAAGUACUGCCUACUCGGCCAGCUCUCCAAAGAGGUCGGCUGGAACUACGCUGACACCAUCAGGGAGCUGGAGGAGAAGAGAAAGGAGAAGGCCAAGGUUGCAUAUGAUAGGAGAAAGCAGCUGGCGAAGCUCCGCGUCAAGGCUGAGAAGACAGCUGAGGAGAAGUUGGGAACUCAGCUGGAAAUUCUGGCUCCGAUCAAAUACUAGAUCAGAGCUUUCGUGCACAAUCAGUUUUGUGGAACCUGUGUCCUCUUGUUUUAGUAGUUUGGUAACUCCAUGAUAGUACAAUCUGGUUGAUAAACCUUUGUUAUGCAUGCAGUUCUGCUACCCUUAUUUGAAUUUGUCUUGGUGAACUGCUCCGUUUAUCAAAUGUGCAUGUGAACCAAUAUAUCAGUCGAAUGUAUGUUGCCUUUCUGCUCU